ACAAAAUGAGUAAAAUCAGCCAAAGAUUUACGUUUAAAUCACAUAACUUCUAGUGUUCAAUUUUGAAAGUUACAAAAAUUAUAUUGCGUUUCGUAUAUUUUUAUACCAACUUUAUUACAGCUUUCAUCAAAUCGAAAUUGAGGCGCCAAGUUCAUGUUAUGUUUGUCAACGGCUUCUGCAUUUAGAAAAUUAAAGAUUUAAUUUUAAUUCGCAGUUAAUUCCAGAUAAACAUGUCGUCUACGAUAAAGGCAAAAACACGGAGACGAGAUAGAAGUUUAGCAGUUUUAGCCCCAGUUGGUACCAGAAGCUCAGCCAGAGUUAGACAAUCAACAGGCCGAGCAUCAUCAACAUCAACAAGUGAAGCCGAAUCUCAAUCUUCGCCGGUUAAAAAAGUACGAAGAAAAUCAGCAAGAUUUCUUCCAUUAUUAAAACAAGCUUAUGAUGCAGACAAAGAAAAUUCUUCAGGAAGUGUUAGUGAAGCAAAUUCAUCACCUCAACUCACAGAUGAAUAUGAAUUUGAUGAAAUAGAUGUUACACCCAUAAUUGGCAAAUCAAACAAAAAACAAAAGAAAACUGUGAAAAAUGUCAGCAAGCUGGGGACAUCUAAGAUAAAACCAACAGACAAAAAAUGUACAUCCAACAGAACUUGUUCUUCCAAAAGUUCAACAAAAACUAUGGGCUCAAAAUUAAAAAGCUCAAGAAUCUCUCCAAGUUCUAGUACGCCAGUGUUUUCUGAAAUGGAUAAUAAACAAAUGGAAAGAAAUCAUUCUAAAAGGCAAAUAACAGAUGUGUAUUCCGAACAGUCUGUCAAUAAAAGACGAAAACAGAACUCACUCAAACUGAAUACCAUUACAGAUGGUACAUUGAUCAAAACACAGAACAAUAAAACAAAUGGUUCACGAUCGUCCAAGAGAAAAUUGGCAGAAACAAUUAAUAUCACACCGAUUGUUCGUAGAAAAAUAGAAAAACCAAGAGAAAUGGACAGUGGUAUGUUUAUCUCUCCACCCCCCAAGAAACUAUUGAGAUUAACAGCAAAAGGCACUUCUACACCCAGUGAAAAUCUUACAUCUACAAUAAAUGAUAGCAGCAAUGUCAAACUAGGUUUUGAUGAAUCAGUAUCAUUGCUGUUUUCUCCUGUGGAAAAAGUGUUUAGUCCCAGUCCUACCUCAGACUAUUGCUCCAUUGAUUACUCUAUCCCACAGUUUUCUUUAGGUGAUAUUUCAAAACCAGCCUUUGAGGAUGAAGAUCAGUCAGACAUAAAAAUGAAUAAAAGUAUCAAUAUUCAAUACAAACCUACUAAAGUUAAGAUUGAUAAGGUUAAAAAAACAAAAGCAAGAUAUUCAGUGUCAAAGGUGGAUGCAUGGGCAGAGAAGGUUAACAACCAGUUUGAUGAAAUUGAACGAUUUGAACUCAGCAUUGAAGACUGAUCUAACAAAAAAUUUAUGGUACUAGGACUAUUGUUUUUCAAAUUUACUAAUGUACUACGGUAUUCAAAAUACCUUACAUGUAGUUUAAAGCAACAAAUAUUUCACCUAGUCAUUUAACACCCAAAGCAAACUUGGAUUCCUUUUUCUACGCUAUAUGGUGACUGAGCAUAGAUCUACAAAUAUGCAGAUUUCAGUGCCAAAGUCAAUUAGACUUGGUUAAUAGACUUUUUAGUUUUCAUUUAAAUAGUGUGUUAUUUGUUAAGCUAUUGUAUUAGACCUAGACCUCUAACUGUUAUAUACAUCACCGAAAUGGGCAGCAGAAAUAUUUGACUGUUUUUUGAAGUAAUAAUGUGUCUGAUUAUUGUAACAUAGUAUUCAGAAGGAUCUUUGUAAUUAUUACAAUACUAGCAGGAUAUCUGGAUUCACCAGGGGCCCAAAUUCACCAGAGCCCAUUUCUCCAGGUGCCCAAAUUUAACCAGAACCCAAAUUCGAUAGCCUAAAACAGUCACAGUCAUGCUGGUUAAUUUGAUAGCACGGGGGUGGAGUGCGGCAAAAUUUGAUGGCCUAAAACAUUCACAGGGUCAUGCUGGUUAAUUGGUGUGGAGUGCAACCACGAAGCAUGAUGGGCUGACACACACACAUACACACAGACAUCUUUGAUGAUUUUAUUUAUAUAUAGAUAGAUGCAGCAAAUUAUGAUAGUAGAUUUUAUGAACUUUUCACUGUUGUAUAUAAUUGAAUAAGUGUAUGUUUGUAGUGUAAUACUAAUAAUAAUAAACAUGAAAAAUACA